AUGUAAAACUUAUGUGGAUCCUUGUUAAACAGAUGGUAUAAUGCCAAAUUUAAUCUAACUUAAUAUGUUUAUGACAUAGAUAAAUAGUUAAGAUAAUAGGAUAAAAUCAUUUAUAUUUUGAAUGAUACAAUAUCAAAUGAUAUAGACAUUGAAGUAAAAUAAUUUAAUAAAAAUAUAAGUAAAGAAUAGAAAAAUUGAAGUAGAUUUUUACUAAAAUUAUAUGGUUUUCAUAUAGGAAAAAUAUUCCAAAAUUUUAAAGUUUAUAUUACUUUUAUUUUUAAGUCACAUCAUUAACUUCAGAUACUGGUUGGGGAUGUAUGAUAAGAGUUGCUUAAAUGGCUUUGGCUUAAAUUAUAAGAUAUUAUCAUUCUUUUAAUAAACCAGAAUAAUUGAUAGUUUUAAUUAGACAUUUCAUUGAUGAUGAUGAUAAUGAGUUGACUGAUUUUAUUUAAUAAACUAACAAGAACCAAAUUGAAUAUUAUCAUGCUCCAUUCUCUAUUUAAAAAAUUGUUCAUUUUGCAAAAGUUGAACUUAAAAAAUAACCUGGAGAUUGGUAUAAACCUGAUGAAAUACUUUAAACCUUAGACUAUUUAUUUAAAUAUUCCUAAUGUAAAUUGAAUUUUAAUAAAAAGACUCCUUAAAUAUGUAAAUCUAUAUCAAUUAUGAAUGUGCUUUUAUUCUAUAAGAUGCUAUUCAAUAAAUGUUUAAUUAUAAUUAAGGUAAUGAAAUUUGGUUGAAAGAACGUGCUAAAAAUAAUAAUCAAUUUAAUUCAUAAGAUUAUAAAGGCAUAUGUGUCUUCCUUCCUGCUCGUAUAGGUCUCCAUAAUACUAAUAAGGAUUAUUUGGAAGUCAUGAAUUAAUUAAUGACUUUACCUUAUUUUCAAGGAAUAAUUGGAGGUGUUUCAAAAAGAGCUCUUUAUAUUGUAGGAAGAAUAUAAGAUUAUUUAAUCUACUUGGAUCCACAUUUUGUUUAAAAUGCUUAGAAUUUUGAGGAUCUUUCAAAAAGUCAAGCAUCUUACACUUGUUAAAAUAUUUAAUUAAUACAUAAUUCACUUAUUGAUCCAUCUAUUGUUAUUUGUUUAUGUAUUCGUAAUGCACUUGAAUUAUUAGAUUUAUGGCAAAUAGUAUAUUUUAUUAUUAUAAUUUUAGCUUUAACAUUUGAAAUAAGAAUACUAAGAACUUUUUUUUAUUUCACUUUUAGAAAGUAAUAAUGAAUUAUAAAUAUUAAAUUCUUGUCAAUAUAUAGAUUAAGAUGAUGAAUUAGUAAAUAUUGUAAAAUGA